GCGGCUUCCAGUUCAUAGUCUAGCCUCUUAGCGAGCUAUUCGCACUCUCUACGCUCUCCCGAGUUUUCAAUCUAAACAGUCCGAGUCCGCCCUUCUCUAUUGUAUCACAGUGUGUCGCCCAUUUUCUGACCAGCAGUGAUCCUUGCGAUGCAUUAUUAAAUUUUUUUCCCGUCAGACAUUUAAAUCAUCUUGUCGCCCGUUUCUUUUCCGAAAAUUCAAAAUGGAACAAUUCCACAACGAGAGCCACUGGCCAAUGAAUUGCACCGACAAGUUGAACUGCACCAACUUGUCUGCCGACGUGAUUGAAUUCGUCCGCAAUGAGACGUGCACGAAUGAUUAUUGCGAGACGGACGAUGACUACAUUGACCGAAUCGAGGCGUACAUGUUUCCAUCCGUCUACGAGUGGAUUCUGAUUGGCCUCCACUGCAUGGUCUUUAUCGUCGGCCUGGUCGGCAAUUUCUUGGUCUGUCUGGCUGUCUACCGCAAUCACACGAUGCGAACCGUCACCAAUAUGUUCAUCGUCAAUUUGGCCAUCGCCGAUUUUCUCGUCAUAUUCCUCUGCCUGCCUCCGACCGUCUUGUGGGACAUCACCGAGACUUGGUUCAUGGGCAGCACCCUCUGUAAAAUCAUCCCAUACUUUCAGACCGUUUCGGUAUCCGUCUCGGUAUUGACGCUGACUUUCAUCUCGGUGGACCGCUGGUACGCCAUAUGCCACCCACUCAAGUUCCGGUCAACAAUCGGACGUGCCAAAACCGCCAUCGCCGCUAUUUGGAUCAUCUCGCUGCUCAUAGAUAUCCCUGAAUUGGUGGUGCUGGAAACUCGGCAAGGCCGAAACCUGUCGAUUAGCACCGUGUAUUUCACACAGUGCCAACCGAGCUGGGAUGACGAGACGGACCUUUACAGCCAGCUGGUCAAAUUCGCUCUGCUCUACGCUCUGCCGCUCCUAUUCAUCUCCGUCACUUAUUACCAGAUUGUCAGGGUCUUGUGGCGCUCGGCCCGGCUGGCCAUCACCGGCGGCAACCGUUCCAACACGGGCGACAGCACAGACGAUCACAACAGCACAACAGUUCGUCUCUUCCCCAAGCAGCCGAGCAGCAAUCAUCACCACCACCACGGCCACCAUGGAGGCAACGGCGGCAACGGUGCCGGUGGUGCCAGCAGCAACAAGGAUAUGCUCACCGUCAAUUCCAACGCUUCGAUCGAAUUGCAAUUGCGUUCCAGGAGGAAAGCGGCCAAGAUGUUGGUCGUUGUCGUCAUCGUCUUCGCCGUCUGCUAUUUCCCCGUUCAUCUAGUCAGCAUUCUCAGAUACACAAUCAAAUUGACGCAAAAUGAUUACACGGUGGCGGCCGCCCUCGUCUCCCACUGGCUCUGCUAUUUCAACAGCGCCAUCAACCCCGUCAUUUACAACUUCAUGAGCGGCAAGUUUCGUAAGGAGUUUCGGCGCACGUUUCGCUGCCGUUGUCGCUGGCUGACUGACCACCUGCCCGGCGGGGGACGCAGCCGUAGUUCCGUGUCCAUGUGCGGCGCUGGCGGAACUCGGCUGAAUCAGUCCAUGGUCGCGGUCGUCCGCGUGCCGACCGGGGCGACGGCUUUCGCAGCGGCGCUGGCUUCGACGGCGCCGGCCUCGACUGCCGUCGCCACCGACCGGCUGAUGGCCAGCAACGUGCCGCCGCCGUCGGCCGCCGCCUGCUAUCCGCUCAGACAAUGCCGCUCCAAUCACCCUACCGCACGCUCCAUCAGAACGCUCACCUCAACCACGUAAAAAGCAAAUUCAUCGUCACCACCACCACCAUACCAUCCCCUGAUUGCCUAUGAUUUUCACUAUAUCAUUUCAAAUCUCCCGCCAAGUUGAUUCGACCCCCGUCUCAUCUUAGUCCCCCCUAUAAUGGAGUUCUUUUUUAUUUUUUUACAAUUACGUUUUGUUUAUUUGAUUUGUUUUCUCUUUUCCUAUUUAUCUCCGGUUGAACGGCUCGAAUCCAUCUCGUUGAUUAGUUCGUCACGUUUAAGGAAUAUUGUAUAAGGAAGUGCUAGGCGAAAUAGCCAAGGGGGAGGUCGCAAGUUGGGGCAACUCUUUGGAUCAUUGUAUACUAUAUACAUUUCCGUAUAGAGGUGGAUGGAGUAUAUCCAUCAAUCAGAUAAAUGGUGUGUAAACUCUCUUUUGUGUUCGGUGGAAAAGUCGACAAAGUCUCUUCUGCUGCCAUAGCGUCGCCGAUAAAAUGGCGAGAAUGAUGAUUUUGUUGUGACGACAAAGUGAUGGGAAUUAUUAUCAUUUGGAGGGUCUAGGGGACAUUUUUCAUGGUAUCAUAAUACUAGUCAUGUUAUAAAGAAUAUAGACCGGCGACUAUAUUAAAGGUUAUCCCAAAAUCACACACUGCCGGCCCACCCGAGAUUGAACGUAGAAACUCAUCAAACGCUUUGGGAUUUAAUUUCCAAUCAGAAAAACUCAGAAAAACUCAGAAAAAAAUGUAAAAUGAUGAGAGUUUUCAACAUUCCCUCGGUGGCUUAUUAAAUUUGAAACCCAUCAACACGCUCGUGUGAUUCAUGUUUGAUUUUGUUUAUUACCCACUCUCACACUUUUGUAUCGAUACGCUUAAACUGUAUCGCCGCUAAUUAUUGAUUUAUCGGUGCACAAAUGAAUUCGGAAUUUAUUUUGUGACAACCAUUUUCGAUCCAACCAAUCGAGGACAAAGAAAAUUUGUAGAUAUGCGCUAUGAUAUCGUUAUCACAUCCGAUCUCAUGAAUCGUGUCCAGCAUAUCAUAUAUAUAUAUUCAGUUAUUCUCUUUAUUAGUCGUUUGCAAAUCAAAAUCUUUCACGGCCAAUCAACUUCUCCCGCAUUCAGAAAUUUUCAAAAGAUGUAAAGGGUAUCGAUUAAUUUAGCUAAUUAUUACAUCAUUUCGUUUUUGUUUUUUCCUCAGGACAAAAAGUUCUGUUGCAAACCAUUUUUUGGCUAAUGAUAUUAACCCAGUAGUAACGUUAAGAGCCCCAGAGGAAUCCAGUUGUUUAUUGCUGUUCAUUUGUUCUUCAUCUCUUUGAUAUUACUGGUGGUUGCAUGCUUUUUGUCCGGUGUUGUUCCAUCCACGCCACACAUCACACACUCUCUAACCUCAUUCCAUCACUUUUUUUUCAAUUAAUUAACCCGGCGUUAUCACAUCAUUUCCUUAUUCCCAUACCAUGUGUGUAAACUAUAAAUACAUAUAUAACCCGAGCAUUGUAAUAGCGCUCACGCUCACUUUUGGCUUUUCAUGUUCUGUUUUUGUUUUAAUCCCUCCCGUUUCUUUUAUUUCUUUUCUCCCACCCACCCACUAUCAUUCCCACCUCCCCUGCUGGUUGUUUCCUAACACUAUAUACAUAUUUGUCAAAAUAAAAAAAAGAAACCAAAAAACGCCAAAGCCAAAGACAUAUGAAAGCCAAUAAAGAAAACCUGUCCGACGAUAUUUAACAAAACCAAAACCGGUGCGGAAUUCUUUUCAACAACAAAAAAAAUACACGUUUAACGAGUUAUUUCUCUCUAUUGAUUUCAAUUAAUGCAUUCUCCAUCAUCCUGUACACGGCAUCGCUCACUUACCUCACCACAUAACAUGAUCACACACAUAUGUCCUGCUAUAAUAACAAUGAAUAACAUUUCUAUUUUGCUAGAUUGCGGUCCAUUAAUCCCGCCCCGCGCUAAUUCAAAUUUCCAAGACAAAAAAAAAAAAAAACAGCAGACUAGUUUUCAUUGCUACUGGCUAAACUGCUAGGGCAUAUUGUAUUAAAUAGGGACCCUCCUUUUUGACAUCCAGCAUUCGUAGCAGAGAACGUUAAAAACAAGGAAAGAGUAAUCGUUUAAAGCAGAAUUUCCAUAUUAACAAUUAAUGGCGAUCUCAACUGUAUCAUUUGAAAGAUUUAAUAAGAAAUUCUGAGACCUGAUCUCAGCAGAAUAGAGUUAGUAAUUCGGUAACAUCGGCACAUUUCUCAGCACUUUUUAAAUUUAAAAUUCUCAAAUUCAAAAUGAAAAUGUUUCUAUGUUCUUGAAUGAAAGCGACAAAAUAGUCACGUACGGUCGUCGCCACUGGAAUAAAGUUCCUAACGGAUUUUAUUGCCGUAUUGGUCUGCGUCUAGUUCUUGGAACCGUGUGUGUGUCAGUGAACCUGAACAUUCUUUCUCCUUUCAAAAAAAAAUGUCAGCUACUAUCUCAGCAGUGAAUCUCAGACCUAUUGUAAAUGUUAUAAAAGUUCCUCUUUUUUUUUCGUUUGAUUUUUUCGAUUUUUUGUUUUGUUUUUUCCUUUUUCGGUUUGGUUUCU